AUGGCAUCGAGCAACGAAUCGACCUCGGUCGAUCUGGGGAAGCCCCAGUUCGCUUCUCACUCAUGGGUUGAGCCGAUCAUAGUCGUCAGUAUCAUGCUUAGCUCGUUAUAUUUCAACCGUCGCCGGGACUUCAGCAUCUUCGGCAAAAACAACAAUCGGGAUCUAGGGUCGUCGCAUCCGUUAUACCUGAAAGAUGAAGAGGCGAAUGAUUCCCUGGACAAUUUAUCGGAGGGGGAGCUCAAUGGACAAUUCCAGUCGGGCCCGGGAGUCGACAACAACAACAACUAUCCUCCCAAGCGUCGGAAUUGCCUGUGGUUCACGGUCAAGACGCCCAACUCGUCUCGUUUCGCCCGCCACUUCCACAGCCGCAUCCUGCAGAAGUUCCCUUUCCUGGUUGAGAUGUUCUACUGGGUCAUGAACUAUCUCUUCUACUCCUGCACCAAGGCAGUGGCCCAGUCCCUGUCUCCCGCCGGUCGCGACGUCGUCCAACUUGCCCAGGACCAUGCCGUCGGCGUUCUCAACCUGGAGCACAACUCGUUCUUCAGCAUCUUCUUCCCCAUCGAGGAGGCAGACUUCCAGGCGUUUUUUAUUAACGGCCAUCCGAACUGGAUGACGUUCUUCAACCGCAUCUACUCCCUUGUCCACAUUCCUGGCACUGUCGCUUAUCUCUCGUGGUGGUACUAUGCUGCCCCCGACUUCGAGCGCUACGCCCUCGCUCGCCGCACGAUGACCCUCGGCAACUUCAUGGCCUUCAUCAUCUUCUGCUUCUGGCCCCUGAUGCCGCCCCGCCUGCUGCCCGAAUCCUUCGGGUUCCACGACACCGUCCGACAAGAGCAUGCCGAGAGUGUCUGGGUCGGCGGCAAGAUGGUCAACCAGCUGGCCGCCAUGCCCAGCCUGCACUUCACCUACGCCUUCUGCAUCGGCAACACCUUCUUCUACCACUCCGGGGUCUUGCACCGCCUGUUCGGCAAGCGGUCGUCCCGCAUCACCCUGCGGGAUAUCUUCCUCGUCGUCCUGGGCUUUAUUUACCCUAUGCUCGUCCUGUCGGUCAUCGUCGCCACCGCCAACCACUACUGGCUCGACGCAGUGGUCGCCACCUUCUCGGUGGUCUUCUCGUUCUUCUGCAACCGCAUCUGGAUGAUCCUCCUGCCGUUGGAGGAUAUGUUGCUGUGGGUGCUUCGGCUGGAGAAGCCGAUCCCCACGACGGGAAGCCGGCGCCGCGGCGGGCCGACCGACGAUGAGAACGGCCGUGACGGUAUCGAGUACCGUCCUCUAUAA